AUUAAUAUGAAGUCUUCAGUGUUGAGCGCUCUUUUCGUCCUAACAAUAGCGUGCUUGAUACUUCAGGCUCAAAGCCAAGGAUGUACAUGCGGAGGUUUGGGAGAAGGUUCAAAUCCUUGUAGUCAAAGCGAAGUCGUUGUGAAAGCUACAAAAUUACCAAAACCUACACAUUUUGUGCCAGCAGAAGAAAUCAAGGAUGCUGCAACUGUAAAGAAUAUCCAAACAGGUUGUUCCAACUCAGAAAGUGAGAGCAACUCCAGUCCUUGUAACAGUAAUGGUAACACCUGUGGAUGUGACAAAAAUCCAAAUACACAAAGUGAAAGCAUUGGAUGUAAUGACAGCAAUUGUAGUUGUAAUAAGCAAAAUAUAGAAACUUUGGAUGUUGAGGAUUCUGUGAAUUCCAAUGGCAAUGUUGCACCAAGAUUUCCUCCAAUUGGUGAUUUGUGUUAUCCUCUUCCAAUAGAACCUAGUAGUGGAAAAAUGAUAGAAAAAACUAAAGUUACACCAGCUUAUCCUGGCAAACUUGUAUGUUGUCCUUCAUCGGUUCCACAUGAAAUUUGUAUAAAUACAGCUACUGGAGAAACUAAAAGUAAAACACUUAGUUCCUCUGAUGCUACAUCCGAAACUGUUUCACAUGGAAGCAUAAAUUUUGACACACUUAGUGGAUUAAAUUCUGCAAUAUAUAAUUUACCCUUAGUUUAUGCUCACUUAAAUAAUGAAAAUACACAAAAGCAAUAUUCAAAAAUGAGUAUGAGUAGCAGUUCCUCAGAUUGUUUUGAUGAUGCUACAGGUGAAACUCAAGAACAUAAUUCAGCUCCAGCAAUACCAGCAGAUGCAGUUUCUCUUACUCUUGCAUAUAAAAAUCUUCGUGCACCAAAUGUAAUUUACAGGCAAGGGAAACAAUUUGUUCCAGAAGAUAAAUUAUCCUUUGGUCACCGUAUAGUACCAGUUGAUGUAAAAAGUGAAAACCAAAUUCCUGAUAUUGCAGAAGAAAAACUGGUAACAGUAAAUAAACCUAUUGUAGAAUUAAAAAUAGCACCUCAAAAAACUGUUGUUAUUGGUACUUAUGAUGAACAAGAAGAAGCAAAACUUGCAGAGCUUGAAGCAGUUGAACGUGAAAGUAUAACGCAGGAAGAAACUUCUGAUCAAGAAAGUCUUAUUACCUACAAAGAUUUGGGUUAUGCACCAAUAGAUGCAACUUAUACAAAUACAAAACCUGUGAGUUACAGUCAAGGAAUAAGUAGUGGAAAAAUUGAUGAUAGUGAAGAGGAGGCAUGUGGACCUUUAGGACCAUCAAUACCAGGCUAUAUUCCAGGAAAAAUUAUAGUUCAAGAAAAGUUUAUUGAUGAUAGUUUUAGCAAUUCAGAAUCUAGGUCAUGUCCAACAUAAUUUAUUAAAUAAUGAUAAUACAUGUAUAUUCAAUUCUUUCAGUUUUAAAUUCUGCUGAAGCUGUGUAUUCUUUCCAUAGAAGAAGGUAGCAAUUUGCACUAGUAAACCGGAAGGAUUGAAUAUUGAGCAAAACAAAAACAUUGUAAUUUAAGUAUUUAAUAAUAACAAAUUUUGUAAUAUUAA